UUUAACAUGAAAUUCUUACUCGUCAUUUUCGCACUCAUCGCAGCUGCCUUCGCUGCUCCCCAAUUUUAUCCCGGAGGCGGUUUCGGCGGCGGCGGUUUCUCUGGAUCAGCUGCAAAUGCAGGAGCUAGUUCUCAAUCUUUCAACCAAGGAGGCGGUUUUGGACAUCCAGGUUUCGGAGGCGGCAUCAGCGGAUCUGCUGCAAGUGCUCAAGCUUCAAGCCAAUCGUUCAACCAAGGAUUCGGACGUUAAGAAAUUUUAUUAAAAAAAGCCAGAAAUCAAUCAAUAUGUACUUUUAUCCUCAAUAUCACUGUAUAAAAAAGCUGUAAUCAACAAAAAAAAGUAAUAACAAUAAUUUUAGUAAAUAUAA